GCGGCGCUCGGCGGCCGGAGCCGGAUCCAGUAGCCGGGGUGUGGGCCCUGCCUCAGCCUUGCUGCUCUCGUCUUCCGGAGUGUGGCUGGCUGGCGGAGGAGCCGGGAUGGCGGAGCGAGGCCUGGAGCCGUCGGCGGCCGCCGUGGCCGCGCUGCCGCCCGAGGUGCGGGCGCAGCUGGCCGAGCUGGAGCUGGAGCUCUCGGAGGGGGACAUCACACAGAAGGGAUAUGAAAAGAAAAGGUCCAAACUCCUGUCGCCGUACAGCCCGCAGACACAAGAAACCGAUUCAGCAGUACAGAAAGAGCAUAGAAACCAGACACCUGCUCCAUCUGCACCUCAAACUUCCGCCCCGUCUAAGUACCACCGAAGUCGAUCUGGUGGGGCCCGGGAUGAACGAUACCGAUCAGAUAUUCACACAGAAGCAGUUCAAGCUGCCCUGGCAAAGCAUAAAGAACAGAAAAUGGCUUUGCCCAUGCCGACCAAAAGGCGGUCCACGUUCGUGCAGUCUCCUGCGGAUGCGUGCACUCCUCCGGACACGUCUUCGGCCUCUGAGGAUGAGGGCUCGCUGAGACGCCAAGCCGCGCUCUCUGCUGCCUUGCAACAGAGCUUACAGAAUGCCGAGUCCUGGAUCAACCGCUCCAUUCAGGGAUCGUCCACGUCUUCUUCCGCAUCUUCUACGCUGUCCCAUGGAGAGGUCAAAGGAACCACUGGGUCUCUAGCUGAUGUAUUUGCCAAUACCCGAAUAGAGAAUUUCUCUGCUCCCCCUGAUGUCACAACAACUACCUCUUCCUCCUCCUCCUCAUCCUCCACACGCCCAGCAAAUAUCGACCUGCCGCCCUCGGGGAUAGUUAAAGGCAUGCACAAAGGAGCCAGCCGGUCCAGCCUGAUGGACACCGCCGAUGGUGUUCCUGUCAAUAGCCGGGUAUCUACAAAAAUCCAGCAGCUUCUUAAUACUCUGAAACGACCCAAAAGACCUCCCUUAAAGGAAUUUUUUGUGGAUGAUUCUGAAGAAAUCGUGGAAGGUAACAUACCUCAGCCGGAUCCCAACCAGCCCAAGCCCGAGGGGCGGCAGAUGACGCCUGUGAAGGGGGAGCCCCUGGGAGUCAUCUGCAACUGGCCGCCUGCGCUGGAGUCUGCCCUGCAGCGCUGGGGCACCACACAGGCCAAGUGCUCCUGCCUCACUGCACUGGACGUGACAGGCAAGCCGGUGUACACGCUCACCUACGGAAAGUUGUGGAGCAGAAGUCUAAAGUUGGCCUAUACUCUGCUUAAUAAACUGGGCACCAAAAAUGAACCUGUGUUAAAGCCUGGAGACCGGGUAGCCUUGGUUUACCCCAACAAUGAUCCGGUCAUGUUUAUGGUGGCUUUUUAUGGAUGUCUCCUGGCGGAAGUGAUUCCAGUGCCUAUAGAGGUACCUCUUACCAGAAAGGAUGCUGGAGGACAGCAGAUUGGCUUCUUGCUGGGAAGCUGUGGCGUUGCCUUAGCUCUCACCAGCGAAGUUUGUCUAAAGGGACUGCCGAAGACCCAGAAUGGAGAAAUUGUGCAGUUUAAAGGAUGGCCUCGGCUCAAAUGGGUUGUAACAGAUUCCAAGUACCUUUCAAAACCACCUAAAGACUGGCAGCCCCAGAUAUCACCCGCUGGCACAGAACCCGCUUACAUUGAGUAUAAAACAAGCAAAGAAGGGAGUGUGAUGGGAGUCACAGUGUCCCGGCUUGCCAUGCUGUCUCACUGCCAAGCUCUGUCCCAGGCCUGCAAUUAUUCUGAAGGAGAGACAGUUGUGAAUGUUCUGGACUUCAAGAAAGAUGCGGGACUGUGGCAUGGCAUGUUUGCGAAUGUGAUGAAUAAGAUGCAUACAAUUAGCGUGCCCUACUCUGUUAUGAAGACCUGUCCUCUCUCCUGGGUUCAAAGAGUACACGCUCAUAAAGCCAAGGUAGCUUUGGUCAAGUGCCGGGACUUGCACUGGGCCAUGAUGGCCCAUCGGGACCAGAGAGACGUGAGCCUGGGCUCCCUGCGGAUGCUGAUUGUGACCGACGGAGCGAAUCCCUGGUCGGUUUCAUCCUGUGAUGCCUUCCUGAGUCUGUUCCAAAGCCAUGGACUGAAACCUGAAGCCAUCUGUCCGUGUGCGACGUCCGCUGAAGCCAUGACUGUGGCAAUCCGCAGGCCUGGGGUGCCUGGGGCUCCGUUGCCAGGAAGAGCCAUUCUGUCGAUGAACGGGUUGAGCUAUGGAGUAAUACGGGUCAAUACUGAAGAUAAGAACUCAGCCCUGACAGUCCAGGACGUGGGACAUGUCAUGCCCGGCGGGAUGAUGUGUAUUGUGAAACCGGAUGGACCGCCCCAUCUCUGCAAGACAGACGAAAUUGGAGAAAUUUGUGUUAGCUCCAGGACCGGGGGAAUGAUGUACUUUGGGCUUGCCGGUGUGACAAAAAAUACAUUUGAGGUGAUUCCGGUAAAUUCUGCAGGCUCUCCUGUUGGGGACAUGCCUUUCAUCCGGUCAGGGUUGCUUGGUUUUGUCGGACCAGGUAGUUUGGUGUUCGUGGUUGGGAAAAUGGAUGGAUUGCUGAUGGUCAGCGGUCGGAGGCAUAAUGCUGAUGACAUCGUUGCAACUGGAUUGGCAGUGGAAUCAAUGAAGACUGUUUACAGAGGAAGAAUUGCUGUGUUUUCUGUGUCUGUAUUUUAUGAUGAGCGCAUUGUGGUGGUUGCGGAACAAAGACCUGAUGCUUCUGAAGAAGACAGUUUCCAGUGGAUGAGCCGUGUGCUGCAGGCAAUUGACAGCAUCCAUCAGGUGGGAGUUUAUUGUCUUGCUCUGGUGCCUGCCAAUACAUUGCCAAAAACUCCACUGGGAGGAAUCCACAUCUCUCAGACGAAGCAGCUCUUUCUAGAGGGGUCUCUGCAUCCUUGCAAUAUCCUCAUGUGCCCACAUACAUGUGUGACCAAUUUGCCAAAACCUCGGCAGAAGCAACCAGGUGUGGGCCCUGCCUCUGUGAUGGUCGGGAAUCUGGUUGCUGGAAAACGCAUAGCACAAGCAGCAGGCAGGGAUCUGGGGCAGAUUGAAGAGAACGAUCUGGUGAGGAAGCACCAGUUUCUGGCAGAGAUCUUGCAGUGGCGAGCGCAGGCUACUCCUGACCAUGUUCUCUUCAUGCUGUUAAAUGCCAAGGGAACUACAGUGUGCACAGCCAGCUGCCUCCAGCUCCACAAGCGAGCGGAGAGGAUUGCCUCGGUUCUCAGUGACAAGGGACAUCUGAAUGCGGGAGACAACGUGGUGUUGCUCUAUCCACCCGGCAUCGAGUUGAUCACUGCGUUCUACGGCUGCCUGUAUGCGGGGUGUAUACCCGUGACCGUGCGGCCGCCUCACGCUCAGAACCUGGCCGCCACCUUGCCCACGGUCCGCAUGAUCGUUGAUGUCAGCAAAGCAGCCUGUAUUCUCACCACUCAGACCCUGCUGAGGCUGCUGAGGUCCCGAGAGGCGGCGGCAGCUGUGGAUGUGAAAACCUGGCCCACCAUCCUCGACACAGAUGAUUUACCCAGGAAGAAGCUGCCUCAGCUCUAUAAGCCCCCCACCCCCGAGAUGUUGGCCUAUCUUGACUUCAGCGUUUCCACCACUGGCAUGCUUACAGGAGUGAAGAUGUCCCACUCUGCAGUCAACGCUCUGUGCAGAGCCAUCAAGCUCCAGUGUGAGCUGUACUCUUCUCGGCAGAUCGCCAUUUGCCUUGACCCUUACUGUGGACUUGGCUUUGCACUCUGGUGUCUCUGCAGCGUCUAUUCAGGCCACCAGUCCAUCCUAAUUCCUCCCAUGGAGUUAGAAAACAACCUUUUUCUCUGGCUUGCUACUGUCAACCAAUACAAAAUAAGGGAUACUUUCUGCUCCUAUUCGGUCAUGGAGCUCUGCACGAAGGGGCUUGGAAACCAGGUGGAGGUGCUAAAGACGAGGGGGAUCAAUCUUUCGUGCAUCCGCACCUGUGUGGUGGUGGCAGAGGAGCGGCCCCGCAUCGCGCUGCAGCAGUCCUUCUCCAAGCUGUUCAAGGACAUUGGGCUGUCCCCGCGGGCCGUCAGCACCACCUUCGGAUCGAGAGUCAACGUGGCCAUAUGCUUACAGGGUACCUCGGGGCCCGAUCCGACUACCGUAUACGUGGAUCUGAAAUCACUGAGACACGACAGGGUCCGUCUGGUGGAGCGGGGCGCCCCCCAGAGUCUGCUGCUCUCGGAAUCUGGAAAGAUUUUACCUGGAGUGAAAGUGGUUAUCGUUAAUCCCGAGACCAAAGGCCCCGUUGGCGACUCCCACCUGGGAGAGAUUUGGGUGAACAGUCCGCACACGGCCAGUGGCUACUACACCAUCUAUGACAGCGAAACUCUUCAAGCUGACCAUUUCAACACUCGCCUCAGCUUCGGGGACGCCGCCCAGACACUCUGGGCCCGGACAGGCUACCUGGGCUUUGUCCGCAGGACAGAGCUCACAGCUGCCACCGGAGAGCGGCACGACGCCCUGUAUGUGGUGGGAGCGCUGGAUGAGACGCUGGAGCUGCGGGGCCUGAGGUACCACCCCAUCGACAUCGAGACGUCCGUGUCGCGGGUCCACAGGAGCAUCGCUGAGUGCGCUGUGUUCACGUGGACCAACUUGCUUGUGGUGGUCGUGGAACUGUGCGGUUCUGAACAUGAAGCCUUAGACCUGGUUCCCUUGGUGACCAAUGUGGUCCUGGAAGAGCAUUACCUCAUCGUGGGAGUUGUGGUUGUGGUGGACCCAGGCGUCAUCCCCAUCAAUUCCAGAGGAGAGAAGCAGAGGAUGCACCUCCGGGACAGCUUCCUGGCUGACCAGUUAGACCCCAUCUACGUGGCUUAUAACAUGUAGCCAGCCGGGCAGGUCUGUGAGAGCUGGCCCAAGGUCGCACGAAGACCCAAGACCAGGGCUGGGAGCCAGCUUUCGCCUGAGGAGACGGAGUCUGGGAUGGUUGCAUUGUAUCCUCCAUCUCCUCCCGUGAGACUCCACAGUCACACAACACACAGGAAAGGGGAUUUGUGUAGUGGCAAAUGAGAAGAACGCAGUCUCUUAGAUGGGCGCUCUGACGUGGCGUGAGCAGCGCGUGACUAAAGCAGUUACAUGCAUGUGGCAUUUUCUGCAUCUGUUGUACAUGUAUUUUUAUCUAAUGCCAUUUUAGAAUUUUCUUAAGGGAGUUUAUUGAAUUCACAUGAAAGGGGUAGUGUGAGUUACAGUUCCCGCUCUGUACUGUAUUUUGCCAUUUUACUGUAGCUAGACAUCCUGCGGGUUUUGUUAACCAGAAACUACUCCGCUUUCUCUCAGUCAGAUCGUAGGCAGAUCAGAUAACCCACUGAAUAUGAGAAUGACUUUAUAUAUACAUAAUUCUUGGCUGCAAAACAUUCUGACCAGUAUUUUCAACAUGUAAAUAAGAAUACCAUAAUUCAGCUAAAGAAUGGACUUGUAGAAUUACAAUAACCAAAGUAGAAAAAUUUCUGCUUUGAGAGAAUUUCAACAUUCUCUUCCUAUCGUGUCAUUGAUUAGGUAACUAAGUGCAAGCUGUCUGCAGGUUUCACUGCACAUCGUCCUGUGCCUUUGCUGGCUGAUGUGUCUCACGGACUAAGCUGCCUGCAUUUGUCUUUAGAGCUUGCAUUCCCAGAACCAGCUUAAGCUUCUAAGAGCUCGACCUGUUUCUAUAAGCUGCAAGUCUCAGUUUAAAAUAAUUGAGAUGUUAAGACAAAGCAAGGCUUCUUCAGAUCCCACCCUGUUCCAAGGAACCAUAGCAACUCCCCCGGCCCAAGUGUCGAAACUGUCUUCAGAUUUACAGUGAGCAUGUAAGAAGUUACCACUUCCCCUUUCCCAGGCCCAUUGUGAAGCAGGGCCUCUGUGUGUCCACUUGGCGUCUCGGAGUGUGUCCUGUUCCCCAGGUCACAAGGCCAGGGAGUCUGAAAGCCAGAAUGAGAGGCUGGGGAGGCAGUGGAGUCGUCCAUCACACGAAACCGCAGGGCUGACGGGGUCAGGCUGUAGGGCAGCUGGCUUGUGCUGAGAUGGGGGCAAGUCUGAUGUGUGCAGGAAACUUGUGGAACAGCCGCGGUGCCCGGGCCGAGCAGACUCGGGUCUGGGACUGAGUUUGGCCUCUGGCUCAGUUUCCUGCCUUUGGUCUGGUAAUUCAUAUAUUUGAAUAUAGUUGAAUUUUAUUAUUUUUUUCUUACAGAAAUAUUUUUUAAAAUUAAAAAAAAAAAAACCUCAAAAGUGAGAAGAAUUAACUUGUUAGAUCAGAAGGGUUCUCUUUGACCCGCUCUGGUCUGUUGUGUAAAUAUUUAUUUAGACUAUUUUAAUAAUACAUAUUAUUUACCCCACUGUAACAUCAUGUAAACUAAAUAUGUUUUUAAGCAAUUUUUAAGACGUGUACUUACCCUGAAAAUAAGGUUUAUAAUGCAUUGACUAGGUCCUUAGCUGUGGCAGCUCUCCCAGGCUGGCUGCACACGUCUCAUCCCUCCAGGCUACCUAAGACCCUAAGACCCCCUUUCCCAUAACCCUCUUGUCCUCCUCAUUCAUUCCCCACCGGGGCAGACUUCCAGACAGUUUUUUCCAGUUCCAGAUCUCUCUCUGUCUCUUUUUUUUUUUUUUUUUCAACAUCAGGAAUGAAGUGAACACGCACAGGCGAGGAUGGACAGACAGCAAAGCACUGCGCUGGAGCACGUGGGGAAGCCCAGCGUCCAGCAAGGGCUUGGUCUGCUCGGCUGGAAAGGUGUUUUCUUAAGGCAACUUGUAAUGAUUUACAAAGCAAAGCAGGGGAUCCCGAGGAGUCAGUGCUUCUAAUGCAGAGCCGGGGUCUCAGAAACAGUGGCAGAGAGAGGCUGGCUCAUGGGGGCAGGCGUCCAGGGAUGCGCUGUCUACCACGAAUGUGAUGGAGUGAUGCCAGCGACUUACACUUUUCCAGUCACGGUUUUUUUUUUAAAAGGUAAAACCAGGUAAAACUGGCUUGGGAUAUAAUUUAUGUAAUCCAAGUCUUUGAAAAGUAUUUCAACGUUAAAAUCAUUCUGCAAAUUAAUGAGAUCCUUUGCAUUUAAAAAAAAGCCUACAUUCAGACUUAGAAGUCCAGCAUCAGGUUCUCUCCAUAGUUCGGCUCUUCAGAAGGCAAAUGUGGCAGUGGCUGCCGUGGAGAAGACACAGGCUCUGCACUCAUGCCUUCCAGAAACUCCCUUGUGUCCGAAUGGCCAACCCCCAGCUUCCCAGGGGCGCGUGCCUACUUUUCUAGCUCCUAGGGUUUGUUUGUUUUUUCCCCAGUAUGGUUAUUUUAUUGGUCUUAUGUACAUUCUCUAAAGCCAAAAUGUGCUAGGAGGAGGAAGAGGCCCGGAGCUGUUCUCUGCAAACGCUCUCAGUUACCCUGGUGCCUGGAGAGGGGGACAGUGCCAGCGUGGUGCAGAUCGAAGGCCCCCCCUGUCGCCACUGACUGACGACAUUUUUCCAUGGUGACACAGUGCUCUUCUUACCCAUUCCACUAAAUGGAACCUUUGUGGUGGCAGUGAGAAUUAAGGCGUCCUGAAAGGCCACUGUUCGUCUUUUUGUUUUGUUUUAUUUUUUUAACUAAGAAACCACAGCCUUUCCAAUCCUAACCCCCUGCAGUAUUGAGUCUUGAUGCCUGCGGAAAAGAGACUGCCCUGCAAGCCUCCGUCUGGGUGAGGAGAACAGCGUUGGCCUGAAAGUUUGCAAGCAGCAGUGGGUCUCCUCGGAAGUGAAGCGUUCAGGGAGACCCCAGGGUUCCCACUGCUGUACCCACACUGCCCUCUGCUUGGCUGAGGCCUCAAGGGCCUGACUUGCCCCUGGUCCUGCUGCCUGUCUUAGUCACUUGGGCUGUCUCCCUUAGUCCCCCAGUGAUGCUUGCUUAAUGCUUUUGUUGACUCAACAAAGGGCCUGAGGCCUUAGAUCCCUAUUUAAGGUCCUCUGCCCCAGGCAUGGUGCUCAAUAUUUUGGCCAAAUAAAUUACUUUCCUUGAAUAUCCAGGAAUCUUUUGGACUAAAGCAAUGAGGAGUUAUCACCUCGCCCUCAGACUCCAACCCGAUCUAUGCCUUAGUGUGGUUUUUGUUGUCUGCUUUCAUGUAAAAGCAAGAGUGUUUGGAGCAAGAAGCUGCAGUACUCCAAAUACACAAUAGGCCUUUGCCGUUCACGCAGCGUUUCUGGUUUAGGUAUCUGUAGUUGGCCAUGUUAUUUGUCCAGAGGAAAAGAUUGUAAAAAUAUAAGAAUAAUUUUUUUAGUCCUAAAUGCUGUUUUGUUUACUUGUCAAGAUACUUAUCCAUGUCAAAUUCAAACUAUAGUACUGUGUAAUUAUGUAUAAAUUUUUUUUUAUUUAUUUGAGAUUAGACUAGAUACAUACUUUUAAAUUUAACAUCUGGCUGGACAGUGUUCUAUUAACUCAUUGAAUGUGUUUCCUUUGUCUUGUGUUAAUAAAUAUUGAUGCCUGA